AACAGUUAUAAGCCGAAAUAGUUAUAGAGUAGCUAGAGAUCAGUCAUGGCGGCUACAUUCUGGUUUUUGCUCAUAUGUUUCCUGUUCUUUGGAUCAGUUUCGUCUUCAGACUAUGAGUUCUCGGAUCAACAUUGUGUUACUGGAGCCUAUCCUCCGUCUGAAAGUGAGGUUCCUUGGGAAGUUGUGAAUCUUGAUUUACCACCUGAGCAAAGAUACAAUGACUUGGUGGGCAAGAAGAUAAAAGAGAUCCAGGACUUGACAAACUACUUAAGAAACUUUACAAGUUUUAUCUUGGAUGGAAAACUGUAUCGAUUUCUCGACAAAGAUUUGGCUUACUUGGUUUACACCCUCCCAUCUCCUUACCAAGAGGAAAUCAUUGGGUUGUCUAAGGCUACUGACAUUCCUCUUGGUGAGAUUUUAUUCUUCAACAUCUUUUAUGAGAUUGUCGCAUUUUGCACAUCUAUUGUUGCUGAGGACGAAUCAGGUAAACUGUUCCACGCACGUAAUAUGGACUUUGGCCUGUUUAUGGGCUGGGAUGAGAAGAAUAACACGUGGAUGCUGAGCGAGAUCCUUAGAACACUAGCAAUUAAUAUUGACUUUCGGAGGAAUGGCCAAACAGUGUACAAAUCAGCUACCUAUGCUGGAUUUGUGGGUGCUUUUACAGGAAUAAAACCAGGAGUGCUGACAUUAACUGUGAAUCAAAGAUUCGCUACUGAUGGUGGUUACGUAGGAAUUAUUGAGUGGAUUCUCGGUAAUAGAAAAAUGAAGUGGUCAACUUUUCUCGCUCGAGACGUUUUGGAAACUGCAACCAGUUUCGAGCAGGCUAAGGACAUGUUGGCAAACAACAACUUGACAGCUCCUGUAUAUUACAUUCUGGGUGGAGCAAAAUCAGGAGAGGGAGUUGUCAUUACGCGUUCUCUGACUAAGUGCUUAGAUCAAAUGAGCCUAAAUCCUGCAAACAAUACUUGGUUUGUUCUGCAAACAAAUUAUGACAACUGGGAACCUCCUCUGGUAAUUGAUGACAGGAGAACUCCGGGCAAGGCAUGCAUGAAUAAAAUGGGACGUGAGGCCGUGUCAUUCAAAGGCAUCUACAAUGUCCUCUCCACAAAACCUGUAUUGAAUAAGUUGACCGUUUACACAACGUUGAUGCAAGUGAACAGUGGCAAAGUGGAGACAUUCAUUAGAAGCUGUCCCGACCAGUGCUUUCCAUGGUAGAUUGGAAGAUUGCAUACCAUAUCUUGCCGAAGAAUCGGAAUGAAGUUGUGAUUUCAGAGUAAUGAGUCAUUAAACAGAAAUGUUUUGAAAA